AUGAAAGAAGACUAUCUGCGAAAAGGCCAGGAAGUUCCUUUCCAGUGGUCUUUACUAGCUGGAUGUGUCUCUGGGCUAAGUGCAAGAUUUAUCACAGCACCACUAGAUACGGUUAAAAUAAGGCUUCAACUGCAUUUGAUCGACAAUUCGUCACAGAGAGGUAUUAUAUCUGUGGUACGAUCAAUCAUUCGUGAAGAAGGAACCCGUGCUCUGUGGAAAGGAAAUGUGCCAGCUGCUGCAAUGUAUCUGCUGUACGGUUCGACGCAAUUUAGCGCUUUUUCAACUCUCAAUAAGGCCCUGGCAGGUAACCACUGGCCUGCUCAAUUCCAUAGCUGUGUUGUUGGUGCUCUAGCUGGCAGCUGCAGCGCGGUAAUGUCAUAUCCGUUCGAUGUCCUGCGAACCCGUUUUGUUGCCAACCAUGAGAAGGCUUUAGCCACAAUGCUUGGCACCGCCAGCGAAAUCUGGUACCACGAGGGCGUGGGUGGGUUUUUCAAAGGUGUUUCGUCUUCCGUAGUGUCAAUAAGCAUUGCCUCUUCGUCCAUUUUUGCAACUUACGAAACGAUCAAGAUAUUCUGUGAGCAGAGCCCAUAUAGAGAUUCUGGUCCUGUCAAGCUUCUGGAGUCAUCUGCAAGCGUUAUGGCGGGCCUGGUGUCAAAAACGCUGGUUUUCCCUAUCGAUACGGUGAGGAAAAGAAUUCAGGUUGUAAAUGCCAAGCAUCUCGAAUACCUUAGUCAACACAACCACGCCUACAACGAAUAUAAGGGUAAGAGUUUCACUCAAUUGGCGCGGAAAGUGAUUGAAAGAGAAGGUUUCCAAGCCCUAUACCGAGGAUUCACCUUGGGUCUCAUGAAAAGCGUGCCCAGCACGGUUGUCAGCAUUGGAGUCUACGAAUGGACCCUGCGACAUAUGCAACUGGGGUUCGGAGAUCAAGCUCAAAACAGCGGUGUACGUUAA